AUGGAACCGCCCACGGGGUUGUGGGCUUCCCUCUGGAGCUUCGCCUGCUUCCUGCCCUUCUUCGUUGGACUCCUACUGUUGGGCAUAUUCAAGGGUAAGGACAAUUCUCUCUCCCCUCUCACUCAUUCUUCUCUGAGCUUAUUCUGAAGUCGGCUGGGUUUUGAGUUGUUCUGUCUUCCCCCCAGAAUCUGCUUUUAUACCUGACCAAUUGCCUCCUAUUAUCGGAGAACAGAGCCAUCAUUUAUUUUCCGGCUAAUGUCAUCACAUUAAUUUGUUCAGACGAUGGAGAUGGCGAAAUUAGGCCUUCCAUAUUCUUAGCCUCUGUGCACUUGAUCAGUGUAAAUUUUUAUCUCAUCCUUAUUACUCAUAGAACCUGAGAUCAGGUUUCAUUGUUUAUAUGCCAAGUUCAGUGAAACAAAUCAGAAAUUCUCUGCUGCAACCUCCUAGUGGUUGUCCAAACACAGUUUCUAAGCAUAGAAAUCUUACUGGAUUAACCUACUGCAGGUGCCCUCUUUUGCCCAUUAAUCUGCGUCACAAUGGCCGCUGGAAACUCUGCCGUCAUCCUGGGACUUUGGCCAGCACAUGCAUUCUGGACAUAUUAUUCUAUUGCAAGGUGCUUUCUUCGUCCCUAGUUUCAGAUGAGUUCCAAUCUCUCUGCUUCUUGUUGAUGGUAUUUCCUUCGCCAUUUCUGUUUGGUUCCAUCAAGCCAGAAGCAAACAGCUGGGACCGGUUCUAAAGAUCAUUCUCUGCAUUGGCGUGACUUUCCUUCUCAUUCUGUGGCCAUUGGUGGGCAUUGUUGGGAGUAUAGUGGGUGGUGCAGGAUAUGGGUUUUUCGCGCCUCUGAUGGCUACAUUCGAAGCUGUAGGAGAGGGGCGGAGUGAUAAGUUCACCCAUUGUAUCACGGUAUGCCUGCUAACUCAACUGCUGGCUUUCUUCUUUUUCAAAAGUUGUAUUUUAAUGAUGAAUUUUGAUUGUUUUCCCUAUUUGAUCUGCCCACAUUUUGAUUGUAGGAUGGAACAUGGACGACAGUGAAAGGAAGCUUCACUGUGGUGAGGGAUCUUACAGAUGUAUGCUUCCAUUCCUAUUUCUCUAUCAUGGAUGAUGUUCGCCUUUGUUCUCCUCCGAAGGGGCAGCGCUAUGAAAUUAGGUUUGCUCUAAUCCUUUAUUGUUCAUUUUAGAGGAAAUCAGGUUGUCCCAAGGCACAUUGUGAUCGAAAAAGAUAGAAUUGAAGAGCUUGCAUUGAUGCGAAAAUUCAAAGUAAGAUAAAUAACAUUUGUACCCUCCCAACCAGGAGUAUAAUUGACCUGAGCAGCAAAGCAUACUAAAUGGCUAAUAUAUCGAUAUUUUUUUACAUAUAAUUUUGUUUCCUACGUGCAGAAAUUUAAUGUUAUUUAUGGAUGAAUUACUUUGGAUGACAGUGAAGAUGUUAACUCUUUUUCCUUUUUUUAACUGAAAGCAUGGUUCUCAGACGAGGAACGAAUUACACCUGUUCUAAUGUCACUACUGGAUGGAAAUAAAAUAUAAACAUCGAAUUUGAGGGAUCACUAUGAAACAGCAUGGAAUCAGGAGGACCUACAGAAAAUUGUCAGAAUGGGCUUUUUCGAUAUUUUAUUUUCUCAUUUAUUUUAAUUAUCUGCAUUUUGAUAAAAUCGAUUGAAGAACUUACAGGUUUAAAAUUUCCUUGACUCCUUGAUCCAGAGAAGCCAUUUAAAAUUCUUGGAUCUUUAAGAUCAUAUAUUUCGGUAAGGGAAGGGAAAAAAUCCCUCAUCCACGCCUCAAAUUUUGUGUUGGUUCUCACUCCAAAAACUCGGAAUCUUUGGAAGCCGAUGUUUCAUUUUGAAAUUUUUUAUUAGACCCAGUGAGCCAUAGCAUAGAGAAAACACUAGGAGUUCACUGAUGAGACGAGUUCCCCAGGUUGUGCAUUAUUUUCGAGAAGCCGCAUCCCAUCUCUUACACUGCUGGAUCUGUGAAACCCUUGGAAUUGCCUAAGAAAUCAAGUUUAGAAAUCUUGGACGCCUCUUCCAGGGCAUUUUUUGGUUUUGGUGGUAAUCACAAAAGACGGUAGUACUAAGCCUUAGGGCAUAAAUUAUAUGAAAAAUAAUGUUUCCUCUGCUUUUACUGUGGUAAUUUACUAGAUCUAUUAGAGUACCAACUUGACAUGAAGAAAAGAGCGAAACCUUUGUCAUUGUGGCUAGGUUGCAUCAAGCAUGUACGUUUGAUAUUGAGACAUUCGCUCCCACUUACUUAGAAAAAGGGCAUUAUUUUUCUGCAAAAAGUAGGCUCACAUGUACCAUCUACACUGGUUUCUUGUGAAUGAGAAAUAGCUCACAUGUGCACAGUAGUCAGACCCAAAGAAUCUUUCAGUAAGAAUUCUGUGUAUUGCGGCCUUGGCUUGAUAUAAUCCCCCGCUAUCUUAUCACAACUUCAUAGGUAAGGAGGAAAUAUUGCCGAACAGCCCAGCCUAUGAUUCUCACUGGAAAAGAAAAAUUAAUAUAGUUCCCCACAGAUGUCAAAAAGGAAAAUGUCUUCUGGUAAUUAAUAUUCGAAAAGGUAAAACAGCCUAUGAUCAACAUCUCCUUUGAACCAUGGAGGUUGGCACCCGUGUAGGCGGGAAUGAUAUUUUUUUCCCUUUUUCCCUUCUCAAUAAGUGGAUUUACAGUUAUUUUGAUCUUUCUCCUCCCUGCUCCCGCUCUCUACUCUCAUGUAUUUGGAAACCCCUGCGAUCAGGCAGCUCCAGGCCCACUUUUGGAAACCUUCUCUAGCAGUCAAUGCAAAAGGCAAUACCCAAUGGCUCUAGGAUGUUUAUCAUAUUUUAAUGAUGCAAAUGACCACUUGUGGAAUAUUCACGAGCAGUCCGAUUUUUAAAAUGGCACAUAAGUUUAGCAUGUUUUGAAAAGUUGAUAACUUUGACUUGUUUUUAUGGCAUUUUUUAUGAACGAGGAGUUCACAGGGAGUUAUUACAGCUUUACAGAAGCCAAGAGUAAUCAAUGGGCACAUAUAUAAAAAGAUUUGUGUUCCAUGGCUUAUGUGCUCGAUCAUUGAGUUGAUAGUGAUGAACACAUUUGACAAUGUUGGGAGAAAUUUCUUCGAUGUGCAGUACAUUUUUUGUACUAUUCCCCUUAUCAUUAUUUCCCCCUUUUAAACUAUAAAAAGAACAUUUUUUUACUUUAAUUGGCGGCGAAUAAAAUUCGCUGAACGUUGGAUUCCUAAAGAAUUUUCCAGAAUAUGUGGACUAUUCUUUAUUGAUGUCAUUCUUAGUUUCGUUCCAUAUUUAUAGGCAUAUUGAUUUGUUUGUAUUAGUAAGUCCUUAAGUCAUCACCAAGUUCAUUAUUAUGUUCUGCACAUAUUACUUGGGUGACUGACAUCUUGUUUUCUUCCACCGGACAGUCUUCUAUAUCUGAUGGGCUCUCUUCUAGUUGGCUUGGCUGGGAUCAUGGUUGACUUUUUUGUGAUCUCAUUAACUGCCUUGUGCAAGUGCCCGUGCAUGCUUAUCAAAGGAUGGGAAAGGCUUAUUCACGAUCUCAUAGGGAGAGAAGGGCCAUUUCUUGAGACUGCAUGUGUGCCAUUCGCCGGUCUUGCCAUCAUCUUGUGGCCGGCUGCAGUUAUCGGAGCGGUCGUAGCUUCCAUACUCUCGAGCUUCUUUUUGGGUGGAUAUGCAGCUGUCGUCGCCUACCAGGUUCGUUCUGCUUUUGCCUGUCGGCAAAUAUAUGUUUCCUCUCUUUCUUCAGAGCCCCAAUUGCUUUGGUUUCUGGCAUAAUAGCAACAAUGAGUGUUGAUUUCCUAUUUCUGUUUUCCUGUUUCUGUCCGUCGACUUUGAUGAUGAAGUCAACCUUCCAACCUAAUCCUUCCCCCUUAUUUUCCCCUAAAAAAAUGGAAGAAUGAGUCAAUGAUUUUCUAAUCUUUGCAUAUGCUACAAGGUGGGUAUUGGUUAUUUGAUUAUAUUUUAUUCGUUUCAUAAGGAUGAUUAGAAAUUGGAUCAUGGGUCCUUUGAGUAGGGAUUUGAUGCGACUAGCAAAGAGAGAAGACCCUUCUCUGGCAUUCACCUUUGGAAAAAGAGGAAUUAAGGAAUGUCCCAUCCUCCUCCCUUCUUACUGAAUGAAAUCUGGCGAUACCCACUUAGCGCCCUGCUGUGAUUUGUGGGGGAGACACCCUUGGCCUUAAAGUCAUCCAAACGGACGAGCUCGUUGCCACUUCAUUGAUUUUUUUUUCUUUUCUUUUUCUCCUUGACUCAUCUUUGGCCAAGCGGGCCCAACCCAACCAAAUCUCAGAGUCUUUUGUUCCUGGAAUACACAGUUUACCCAUCCAUAAUCUCAGAGCCUUAGCUUUUAUCAAGCAUCUACCUGCUUUCCAAGAUGCCAUAUCACUGUUCCCAUCUUCUGCCAUGCUGGGUCUGUAACACCUCAUGCCAUGAAGUGCCGACAUCCUGACCUUAAAUGGGCAUGCUUUGUAAGGGGGACGCCAUCUUUGGUUGAAUGGCUGUAGACGAUAUGAAAUGCCCUUACUGUGAGGAUAUGAUGAUGAUGAUAACAACGAUGGGCAGGAGCGAUCGGUUCGCAUGGGCCUGCGGUACAUCGUAUCUUCAUUGGCCAUGUAUGACGAGUACAGCAAUGACAUCCUUGACCUGCGCGAAGGAUCAUGCUUUCCUAGGUACCUCGAGUCGUCUAUCCUCUUCUUCUUCUUCUUCUUCUUCUUCUUCUUCUUCUUCUUAUGGAAAAAUUGCAGGCUCGGGUAUCGGAAGGAUGGACCACACCUUCCUUCUCACUCUCUCUCUAGACGCAGCACCUCCUUACCGACGGAACGGCAAGGCACGAGAGGUCCCCCUUCACGGUCCGUCUCGUUCAAGAAUUCCGUCCUCGAAUUGAACCCACUUAAGGUACGUACAUCUUUGACCCAUCGGUCAUUCAGGUGAGCGAGAACGCUCGGUGAUUUGAGAAUAAGAAAGCCACGAGCUUGUUUCUUGUGUGUCUGUGUGUGUGAGACAGGGAGAGAGAGUCACAAGCGUUUUUUUUUUCUGCCCAUCAUCGAAUAGCUGCUUGAGCACCUCUUCGCGGAGUGCGAGCGCUACGGUCAGACUCUCGUCGCGGAAGGAGUGAUCACAUCUGAGGACGUCCAAGACUCCAAGUCUGGUAAAUCCGGCGGCGGUACGGUGCGCGUGGGCCUGCCUGCCUACGCCAUCUUGCAGGCCCUCCUUCGCUCCGCCAACGUCGACGCCGACGGCAUACUCCUGAGUGAGUCAGUGAAUCGCUGGAUUUCGUCCUUUCGGGUACAACGGCUUGGAGAUAACGACCCUAAGAAGCUCGGUCUCUCACUCGCUCUCUUUCUGUUUCUGUGUGGCGUUGGCAGGUGACGGCACGGAGAUAACCACGGCGAACAAGCCCAAAGACACGUUCUUCGACUGGUUCUUCGACCCGCUGCUGAUCAUGAAGCAGCAGAUCCAUGCGGAGAACCUCACCGACGAUGAAGAGGAGUACCUCUGCAAGCUCGUCCUCCUCGCCAGUGACUCCCUCCGCGUGAAGCAGCUCAACGCCCGUUCCCCCGCCGCCCACGGAUGCCGCCGGGCCGAGCUCGACGCGGUUGCCCGCAGGUACAACAAGCACAGCAUAAGCCUCUCUCUUCUUCUUGUUCUGUCUCGAGCUUACCGUGGUUGGUUGCCGUGUUUUGUUUGUAGGUUGCAGGGCAUCACGAAGUCGAUCUCGAGGUACCCGACGUACAGGCGGCAGUUCGACGGUCUGGUGAAGUCUCUCUCGGAUAAGCUCGAAGGCAGCAUGAACGGGCCGCUGGCCCGGGCUGGGACUAGCCCGGCCGUUUAG